AUGGCAACUAACCCUCGCCCACUAUCAGCUACCCCUAGUAAGAUGCAACAAAGGAAGGAGCGACGCAUGUUCUCCACAUCUGAUGACAGUGCCAUGAUGAAGCAAGUUCAGGCCACUCAUGCCCCUGAUGGUCGUGAAAUUGAUGUCAAUCCCAUUAUCAAAAUCGUGGACGAAAUCUUGAUUCAAGCCAUUGCCCGAAGUAUUGAGGGUCAUCAUGUAAAACAAGAACAAGAUACAUUGGAGAUCGCUGCAGCUUUGGCUGAAUUUGACACGCUUGACACGCUGGCUUUUAUCAUAAACAAAAUUUCGUGCGAGCUAUCAUGCAAGUGCUCGGGAGGUGGAGAUGCACAUGCAUCAACAAUGGUGUUGCUGAAUUACCUAUCUAGCUAUGCAUGGCAUGCAAAAGUUGUGCUAACCUUAGCAGCCUUUGCUGUUAUUUUUGGAGAGUUUUGGCUUGUUGCUCAGUUGAGUGCUGCAAACACACUUGCAAAAUCUGUGGCACUCCUUAAGCAACUGCCUGACAUUGUAGAGAAUUCUACAAAUCUGAAACCCCAAUUUGAAGCACUAAACAAGCUUAUAAAGGCAGCACUAGAUGUAACCAUGUGCAUUGUUGAAUUCAAGGAGCUACCAUCCGAUUAUAUUUCAGAGCACACACCUCCUAUGUCCGUUGCCAGUGCUCAUAUUCCUAUUGCUGCCUAUUGGGUCAUCCGAAGUAUUGUGGCUUGUGCCUCACAAAUUGCCAGUCUCAUAGGCAUGAGAAAUGAGUCAAUUUCAUCAGCCACAGAGGCAUGGGAAUUAUCUAGUCUAGCACACAAAGUCAGUAGUAUACAUGAGCACCUCAAGAACCAACUUGCUCUUUGUUACCAGUAUAUAGAUGACAAGAGGCAUGUAGAGGCCUUCCAUAAUCUGAUUCGUCUUUUCGAGUCAGUCCAUGUAGACAACAUGAAAAUUCUCAGGGCAUUGAUAUAUGCAAAGGAUGAUCUUCCUCCACUUGUGGAUGGAACUACUAAAUCAAAGGUUAGUGUCGAGGUUCUAAGGAGGAAACAUGUGCUACUCCUCAUAUCAGAUCUUGAUCUUUCACAAGAAGAAUUAAUGAUACUUGACAAUUUGUACAAAGAUUCACGAUCGAGGGGUGAGAUGCACUAUGAGAUGGUGUGGAUGCCAGUUGUAGACAAAGCAACUUGGAAUGAUAUGAAUAAGCAUAAGUUUGAGUAUUUGCAAUCAAUGAUGGCAUGGUACAGUGUGCGUGAUCCUUUCAUCAUUGAACCAUCAGUGAUUAAGUAUAUCAGAGAAGUGUGGAAUUUCUCAAAGAGAGCUAUUGUUGUAGCCCUUGAUCCACAAGGAAGACUGUCCUCUCCAAAUGCUCUUCAUAUGAUAUGGAUUUGGGGAAAUUUGGCAUUCCCUUUCACACGUGAGAAAGAAGAAUCUUUGUGGAAGCAAGAGAUUUGGAGCCUUGAGCUGCUUGUUGAUGGCAUUGAUCCUACAGUUUUGGAAUGGAUAACAGAAGGAAAAUUCAUAUGCCUGUAUGGAGGUGAAGAUCUUGAAUGGAUUGAAACAUUCACAACCACUGCAAUGAAUGUUGCAAAAGCUGGUAAGUUCCAAUUAGAGAUGGUUUACGUGGGAAAGAGCAAUGCCAAAGAACGUAUGCAGAGAAUGAUAAAUACAUUCGCCACAAGAAAGUUUAGUUACUAUUGGUCUAAUGUGACACCCAUUUGGUUCUUUUGGGCACGGUUGGAGAGCAUGUUGUACUCAAAGUUACAGCAUGGAAAGACUGUUGAAAAUGACCAGAUUAUGAGUGAAGUCAUGACUGUGCUUAGCUUUGAUGGUAGUGAUCGAGGAUGGGCAAUAUUCUGUAGAGGUCCAUCUGAAAUGGCUAGAGCCAAGGGUGAUACUGCUCUAACAAGUUUGAAAGACUUUGAUAAGUGGAAGCAUAAGAUUGACGAAGUUGGUUUGGUGCCAGCACUUAAAGAUUACCUUGAUCAACUUCACACCACACAUCAUUGUAAUAGCCUCAUCCUUCCUGGCAGCACUGGUGGCAUACCCCAAAAGGUUGUGUGUGCUGAAUGUGGCCGUCAAAUGGAGAAGUACUUCAUGUAUCGUUGCUGUGUGGAGUAAGAUAAGAGGAGUGUCCUGUUAUACACUAUAUCAUUGUUACUGCUCUAUAUAUUUUUUAUGUUAUAAUGUUGGUU